AUGUAAUAAAUUGAAAGUAGUUACAAACAAUAUCCUCUAAUCAGAUACUAAAGGUGCUUGUCUUUUGGCUAUGCUGAAUUAUGCAACGAUAUCUUACUAGCUAUUAGAAUUCUGAAUUAAUCUUCAUUUCCUGAUGAAUUUAUUUAUACAAAAAUCCUAACCAUAAACCAAGAUUUUUUAUCAUAUAAAUCAAUCUAUUUGAUCAGUAAUUUAGAGAACUAGAAUGUUAUAAAGGUGUCUUCAAAUUUUCAUGAAAAAUUUGGUGCCAAUAUUUAAAAUAUUACGGAUAUGGUCCCUAAGGGUAUUUAGGAACAUCACUAAGAAAUGGUUAAAGAAUUUAUUAGAACAGGAAAAUCUAAUUUUUUCCAAAAAGCAACUUAAACCAUAUAUUAAGAUAAUUUAAUGAUAAAACCAAUGAUUUUGAUGAAUGAUGUGAUUAUCUAGGAUAACAGUUUCCAUGCAAUUUCAAUUGGAACUCUUUUGGAUGAUGAAUAAAUAAUCCUAAUUACUAAUAAUAGAUCUAAAGUAAGUAGCCUUAGUAAAGGGUUCUUGGAUUAACUUAAUUUAGAAUCUAAAGAUGCGAAUUAAAUUCUUGGAGUUGAUAUUGAAUUACUUAUUCCCCAAUUUAGAACGAAUUCUCAAAUAUCAUAACCAUAAUACAUUGAAGUGAAAUUACCAAAUUUCUCUUUACUUUAAUCUCAUCAAGAUUUAAAUGGAAGAGAAAAAAACAAAAAAUCACAUCCUUGCAUCCUUGGAGAUUUUUGGUUGGAUAAUUCAAGAUUGAACACAUUUAUAUCCUUGUGUUUAAUUGAAAAAUCAACAUACAAUUAUCAUAAGAUACGAUUCAGUUAUAUAAAAUGCAUAAACAAAACCAUAAUAUUUCCGAAUUCAAUGAAAACGCUAUAAAAAUUAAGCAUUAAUUGUUUUGAAGAAAUCGAAGAAUAAGUAAACAUAGUGGUUCCAUAUGAUCAAAUAGAUUAGGAGUGUAAUUUAGGCUAGAAAUAGGACAUGUUGAACACUGUCAGGUAUGAUUAGACAUAGACUUUAAUAAAAUAUGAUGAUACGAGAACAGAUGGAAUGAAAAGGAUAGGGUAAUCAACAUAGAAAUAUGAGGAAAACUCUAUAGAAAGAUUUAUCAAUUAAAAUGUUAAAAGCUCAACAUUUGAAAAAGACAUUAAAUAAAACUAUGAAAUGAAAUUUUAUCAGAAAUAUUCUUUAUUUGAAAAAAUAAGACAUAAAAAUAACCUAGUUAAAACUGAGAAAAUGCUAAUAGUUGUGUUAGCUUUGCAUCAAAUGUUAUUUUUUCUCUAAAUCUUAUUGUCUUUCAUAGACUGUAUAAAUUUACUAAACUUGAACUUAAAUGAGUUAGAAUUAUUAAGGAUAAAAUACGAUUUAUUCCAACCAGUAGAGACGUUUAUUGUUACCAGAUAUACAAUAAUUAAUUACAAUAACCAGUUUGCAGCAAAAUAAAUCACCAAACCUUAAUUAGACUUUUAUUUGAAAUUUCCAAAUUCUAAUUUAAAUUUAGGUUUUGAUGAUGUCUAUUAAAAUUAAGAAGCUAUUCUCAAUCGAUUAGAGCUAUAAUCAUUUUUAUCUGAAGUUUAUGAAAUUUACAUUUAUGUUAAGACAGACAAUGGUGAGCUGUUCAAUAUAACAAUGAGAUAAGCCCUCAGUAUAUUGAUAAACUAUCAAUAUACGUUUAAAGCUGCAUAUGUGUAUGAUGGAAAAACAGUGACAGACUCUCCUUACAUCUUUUACUCAUAUCGCAACUUACUAACUUUAUACAAUUCAUUUGAUUAUUUGAAUAAGAACUUAUACUCAUAAGCAAUUCUUAGAAUAUCUGAUGAUAUAGAAAAAGAACUAUUUUUAUUCUAUCCUUUCCUUAUUCAAUUCAUUGUUAUUUUUGGAGUAGAACUAUUUUAUGAUUUCAAAAAUAAUAAGAUUUUAGGCAAGUUUGUUUAUUUGAUUUUAUUUAGUCAUUCAGUGCUUAUUUUAUAAGAAAUAAGAAGAUUAACAUGCUAUAUCGAUUAUUAUAUUAAUAAUCCAGAGAAACUAUUUAAAUAUAGGUUUAAUAUUGAAGAGAAAGAAAAGGAAUUGUAAAGUACUAAAGAACUGAAUUCAAGUGGAGUUUAAUAAAAAAAAUUAUAAAAUAUAGGGAAAUCCUACUUUAAGAAGUGCCAUAUAACAACUUUAUUUCUUUAAUUAACAUUUAUAAUAACAUUUGGGAUUAUCAAACUAAAUCUCACAUCUUCUUACCUUACUAAAUACGAAAAAACAUGCUAAUUUACUUUUGAAGUAUCCCGUCUUGGGACUAAUAUCCCUACGAUUUAUGCUAUGAGAGAAGUUCUAUACUAUAGAUGGAGAUAUCCUUUUUAUAAAGAAAAAGAAUUAUCUGAGAUUUUGCAAUAAAUCCAAGAUUGCCUCGAAUAAGUACAUAACGUUACAAAUGAUAUAUCAUAAUUAAGAAUACAUGAUUAUUUGCUAAGUGACUCAUUCGGUUAAUACAUACAGGAACUUUAUCAAACAAACCUAUGUGAUUUACUUCCAGAAGAUUUGAAGGAGAGAAGCCAAUAAUUAUGCUAAACUACUCUUGGAGGGAGUUUACGUAAAGGAUUAUAUGGAGCUUUGGUUUACAUUUAUACUAGCAUAUAAAAUGAGAUGCAGAUUAAUUACUUUUUAAAUAAAACUGAGAAUACUGUAAAUGAAUUAGAAGGAGUUUUCAUGGUUAGUUAAAUUAUAAAGGAAAUCAACUCAAAGAUGUGGCUGGACAUUGUCAAUUCAACAGAAUAUGUUUAACAAAUUGUAACUGUAAGAAAAUGA